CGUGUAGGACCAGGAUGUUCCGCCGGUUUUCCAACAUGGCUGCCUCCAGUGGAAGCGAGCUUUGAAGGAGACUGAAAAAUGAGAUGUUUAUGUCAUUGCUCCAGCUCUGAGUUUUAUUCUAAUGGAUAAAGGAGGAAUAUUUAUCGGAAUAUUUGAACAUAAUCGAAGCCGUUUUUUAUGACAUUUCCCACUUUGCGUGUUUUUUUCUGUUUAUAAAAGUUCCUCUCAGUGUGGCGGAUCACUGCCGAUCAGUCCGUUUCUCAUCAGGUUGAUCCCGGAUGGCUCCGCUGACAGGAUGAAGGUUUCCCGCUGCCUCCUGCUGCUGGUCGGACCGGUCCGGACCGCGGUCCAGUUCGGAGCUCCGCUUCCAGGGCCCCCCGGCCCGCAGCAGGCGGCGAGGCAUUUCCGAUGCAGCCCUGCGUCCGCGAAGAGUCGCCCCGUACCCGCGCGGUUCGUCAACCAGGACGAGAAGAAGAGGACGACGUCCCUGGCCACCCAGGAGGACUUGUUUGAGCAGGUGGCCAAAGAGGCCAAAACCAAGGCCACGUUCAACGAGGUCAUCGAGGUCUUCACCAAGAAGGACGUCAGGCGGCGCGGCCACGUGGAGUUCAUCUACACCGCCCUGAAGAAGAUGGCCGAGUUCGGGGUGGAGCGAGACCUGAGCGUUUACAACAAACUGCUGGACGUUUUCCCCAAAGAGGUCUUCGUCCCCAGAAACUUCAUCCAGCGGAUGUUCAACCACUAUCCUCGGCAGCAGGAGUGUGGGGUGCAGAUCCUGGAGCAGAUGGAGAACUACGGCAUAAUGCCGAACGUUGAGACCAAAGUCCUGCUGGUCCGGAUCUUUGGGGAGAAGAGCCACCCUAUGAGGAAGUUCCAGCGCAUCAUGUACUGGUUCCCCAAGUUCAAGCACAUCAACCCGUUCCCCGUUCCUCAGCCCCUCCCGGAGGAACCCGUGGACUUGGCCCGCUUGAGCCUGAAGCGCAUCGCCAACGACCUGGAUGCUAAAGUUACCGUCUACCAGCUGCCCUGCACAGACGUCACUGAGAGCGGCGAGGAAGUGGAGCUUCCUCAUAUAGUCGGCAUCCAGAGCGCGGCUCAGAUGGAGCUGCUAGCCAAGCAUAACCCGAACAGGCCGGUGUUUGUGGAGGGGCCCCUCCCCCUGUGGCUGAGGAAGACCUGCGUCUACUACUACGUUCUGAGGGCCGACCCCGCCCCGCCGGAGGAGAAGGUGGAGGAAGUCUACGAUCCGGAGCGGUGUCUGGACUACCCCCUACAGCUGGAUCUGGAUUUGGACCGCGACCUCGGAGACGAGGAGAACUUUGACGUGGACGACCUGGACGAAGGUCCGAUCUUCGCCAUGUGCAUGACGGGUCGGGGAGACCAGGCCACUCUGAACCAGUGGAUCUCUGGCCUCCAGCAGAACAACCCCAUCCUGGGGAAAGUUCCCACUCUGUUCCGCCUGGACGCAGGAAGCGGGGAGCUGCAGGUGGCGGCGGACGCAGAGUCGGUCCGUAGACCCCAUCCGGAGAGGGAGGACCCCGAAGCUUUAGUGGAGGAGGAGUCCGGGAGCGGGCAGCGGAUGAAACAGUGACCUCUGGAGGACGGAGCAGGAAAUAAACUCUGGAUUUAAACUGAGAAGGAUUUAAGUCGGACUUCUGGAAAAAAGUUAAUUUAACAUAAAAACCUGCAAAGUUACGCGACCAGAGGAGAACCGGGUUCUACUGCUCGGCGUUUCUCUCCUCUGACCUCAGAAGCUAUGGAGAGAAAUUAGUGCCAAUACUGGAAACAUAGAAAUAGUUAAAUAAGAAACAUUUUAAAAUAAUGUAUAAUAUGUAUGAUAAACUUCUGCCAAUAUUUUUACAGUUUAUAUUAACUGAGUGAUUUUUUUUCUGGUUUAAUUUUUUUUUUUGUGGAUGAGUUUUCCAAAUCGCAUUCUGUUCAAAUCCUGUUUUACAGUUUUUUUCUCCAUACACUCACCCAGAUGUGAGAGCGGGAAAUCUGCAAAACAGGAUUUAAAACAGUAGAAAAAUAAAAGAGUAACUAAUAAAAUAAAUAAAUAGAUAAAAUCUAAAACAA